CACGGCAACGUGAAGAGUGGAGUUGGAGUUGUACUGCCCAUUUCCCCAACCCCAGUGAGAGAACCACCUCCACCCCCAAGAAACCAGGGCCACGCCAAGAACAACCCACGGCGCCCAGCUCGGUGCCCAAUUCCCCGAUCCCGCCACCGCCCACCGCGCGUGUCCGGCCGGCGAGUUCUUCUUGGCCUGGGCUGUCCGUCGGUCGGAGCUCGGAAGGCAGGCAGGUAGGCAUCCGAGCUGGAGGAGGGAGGGGCAGGCGGGCAGCGAACCACGGGCGGCACGUGACGAGCAGUUGGCGGUGGCGAGAAAGAGCAGCGACGAGGGGCGGGCGCGCACAUAAAGAGCAGGCGCCUUCGGGGAGGAGAUCUGAAUUCUUGGGCUUUUGGGUGGAGCACCGCGCGCAGAGAGAGAAAGGCCGAUAGGAAUGGAGGCGGCGGCGGCGUUCGGCACGUUGGAGGGUGUGGUGGGGGAGAUCACGCGGCUGCACCGCUCGCUGCCGGCGCGGCCGACGCUGGACGACGUGGAGGCAGCGGAGGCGCUCGCGCGCGCCGCCGACCGGGAGGAGCGGGCGCGCCUCGACGCCGUCGAGGCGCUGCGGAGGUCGCCGCUCGUGCCCGAGGAGCUCUUCUACGUCGCCCAGGAGAUGCACCGCGCGCUCGCCGGCUUCCAGUGCCGGGAGCAGAAGCGCGACGCCACGCGGAUCCUCGAGCUCGACGCGCUGCACGCCCUCUUCGACGACCUCAUCCAGCGGGCGUCCCAGUGCCUGCCGUCCACCUCCACCGGCGCCGCGCCGCGCAUCACCUCCACCGGCGGUGCUGCCUCCUCCUCGUCGGCCUCAUCAGCGGGGCCGUUGCCUGCUGCGGGCCGCUCCUCUUUGGUCACCAACGGCUUCAGUGCGGAGAGGACUGUGGGCACGAGCAUGGGGCGUGUCUCCAUGGAUGACAGCUACGUCAAGAAGGCCAAGGCGCCAAUGUGGGACGGCGGAGUCGUGGCAGCGAGUCCACGUAAGCCGGGAGGAACUGUUUCCGCAAACUCCGCGGCGGUUCGACUGGAUGACAGUUAUGGAGAUGAUAAGGAGAAAAUGAGCCUCAUUAAGCUAGCUAGCAUGAUUGAAGUGGCUGCGAAGAAAGGCGCUCGGGAACUCAACUUCAAAGGAAAACUCAUGGCCCAGAUUGAGUGGAUACCUGAUUCAAUUGGAAAGCUCACUGGGCUUGUUACCCUUGAUAUUUCGGAGAAUCGGCUUGUGGCUUUGCCACCAACAAUCGGGAAGCUUUCUUCUUUGACCAAGCUGGAUCUUCAUGCUAAUCGAAUAGCUCAACUCCCUGAUUCGGUUGGGGAUCUUCGCAGCUUGAUUUGCCUCGAUCUGAGGGGAAAUCAGCUUACAUCACUGCCCUCUAGUAUUGGGAGGUUGGCGAAUCUUGAGGAGCUUGACGUGGGUGCAAACCAUAUUGUCUCACUACCUGAUUCAGUAGGAAGCCUCACACGAUUGAAGAAGUUACUGGUCGAGACAAAUGACCUUGAUGAGCUGCCUUACACAAUAGGUCAUUGUGUUUCACUGGUGGAAUUGCAGGCAGGCUAUAAUCACCUGAAGGCUCUUCCAGAGGCUGUUGGGAAGCUAGAAUCUCUAGAGAUCCUCUCUGUGAGGUACAACAAUAUCAGGAGUCUUCCAACUACAAUGGCAUCUCUCACUAAGCUGAAGGAGGUCGAUGCUAGCUUCAAUGAGCUUGAGUCGAUUCCAGAGAACUUUUGCUUUGUCACUUCUCUUGUUAAACUGAAUGUCGGGAACAACUUUGCUGACAUGCAAUCCCUGCCUCGCUCUAUUGGCAACCUUGAGAUGCUGGAGGAGUUGGAUAUAAGCAAUAAUCAGAUUAGGGUGCUUCCAGAUUCUUUUGGAAUGCUGCAGCAUCUCCGUGUGCUUCGUGCGGAAGAGAAUCCUCUACAGGUGCCACCAAGGGAGAGAGCUUUAAAGGGAGCUCAGGCUGCCGUCCAGUACAUGGCUGAAUAUGCUGCCAAGAAAACUACAAAGCCACAGCCAGCGAAGGCAAAGAAGAAUUGGGCUCAGUUCUGCUUUUUCUCCAGGCCCAACAAAAGAAAGCAUGACCGGAUAGACACUGACAUGAUCGAUUGAAGGAUGCCAGGUGGUGCGUGGCUUAUCCACCUUAUGCCCGUGGCUCGGAGAAAUUUGUGGUGAAAUGAGUAAAGUCGACGAUCAGGACAUGGUAGUUUCUCUUCGUGUUGUUUGUAGUUUUUUUUUUUUGGCGGGAACUUGUUUGUAUCUGUCACUGGUUUUAUGCGUUCUGAAUGAAUGGUGGUUCUUCCAACUAGGGUUUGAUUGUACCGUGUUGCUGGAGGCAAUGAGGAACGAAACAUUUUUUGCA